AUGGGGGGAAUGGAUACCCUGGGUGGAGAGGGGCCCUUGGGGGCGGCAGAAACACUGCAGAAGGAGGAUAAAUUUUUAAAAAGCGAUACGGAAGAAGACAGUGACAAUGGCCAAGUGGAAGUGAAGGAGAUUUACAAUAAAAGCAAUUUUAUUAAUGGGAAGGGUGCUAGACUAGUUCGAAUAAUGUCGGAAUUUGUGGGAGUGCAAGACGCAUUACGAGAUGAAGGAAUAUUUUUCACAGUCGUAGUUUUCGGUUCCUCCAGAUCAUUAAGUAAUGAGCAAUAUGAAUCGAGAAAAAAAAAAUUAGAAAAAAAACUUAUCAAACUUAAUGACCAAAUAAAGAACAACAUACCAUUAACAGACGCGCAGGUAGCAGAAUAUGAAGGAGUAAAAAAAAACAUUGAAAAAUUACAAAAAUUAAAAUGGACCACAGAAUAUUAUGAAAAAAUAUAUGAGCUUUCAAAACGAUUAACUUUAUUUUUUGAGACGGAAGAAGGCCAAAAGGCAGUGAAUAAUAUUUCGAUCCAUUUACCAAAGGUACAUAACUUUAUGCCAAAUAAAAAAGGGGAGAAAAGUCCAAACAAUUUUACUGUUGCCGUAUGUACAGGAGGAGGACCUGGUUUUAUGGAGGCAGCGAACAAGGGCAGUAGAGACGCCAAUGGAAGAUCCCUAGGCUUUAUGAUUUCUCUGCCAUUUGAAAAAGGAGCAAAUAAAUAUGUAGAUGAAAACUUAUCUUUCAAAUUUCAUUAUUUUUUUACUAGAAAAUUUUGGUUAAUUUAUUUAUCUCUAGCUUUUAUCAUCCUCCCAGGGGGGUUCGGAACUUUAGAUGAAAUGAUGGAGAUUCUAACUCUAAGGCAAUGUAAGAAGUUUAAGAGGAAUGUGCCUAUCAUUCUUUUUGGAAAAGACUUCUGGUCUAGCAUUCUCAAUUUUAAGAAGCUAGCUGAGUAUGGGCUUAUUUCUCAAGAGGAUCUAGAUUCCAUUUUCAUUACGGACUGCAUUGAGGAGGCAUACAACUAUGUUAUCAACCAUUUGAAGUAUGGUUCUUGUUUAUCAGACAAGUCGUGA